GACCUGGCCAAGUUCGUCGACAAGGGCAUCCAGGUCAAGCUCACCGGCGGCAGGCAAGUUACAGGAACUUUGAAGGGCUAUGACCAGCUUCUGAACUUGGUGCUUGAUGAAGCGAUUGAGUUUGAAAGAGAGCAAGAUGAUCCACUGAAACUGUCGACAAAAACCAGACAGCUUGGUCUCAUUGUCUGCAGGGGCACAGCGGUGAUGCUCGUAUCGCCAACCGAGGGAACAGAGGAGAUCAAAAACCCCUUCCAAGAGGCUGAUGGAGAACAAACCGCUCACUCCUAAGAAUGACCUGAGAAGCUGGCUGGUUACCCCAUGGAGAGACUUACAUUAACUUAUAGUAAGAGUUAUGGCACUCUAUGUUGAAGCACUGGUCGUCUGAGGUUAAUAUUUGUGCCAAGAUGAUUAUGAGUCCCCACUGGACCCACCUGUGUAUAUGUUACGGACCCACCUUGCUGCUCUUCGUACACAACACGGCUGUAUUUACUUAUGUAUUCGCCUA